ACGGAGCAGAGCGGCAGGUCGCGCACCGGCCGGCGCUCCGAGAUAGUUCGUCCUCUCGCGGUAGCUGUAGGCGUCAGGGGCCGGGUCCGCGACUGAAUCCUAGUAACUCUAGGGGCUUUGGCAGGAGCCAUGGCGGCCUCAAGGCCGCUGUCCCGCUUCUGGGAGUGGGGGAAGAACAUCGUGUGCGUGGGCAGGAACUACGCGGACCACGCCAAGGAGAUGCAGAGCGCGGUACCGAGCGAGCCGGUGCUCUUCUUGAAGCCGUCCACCGCUUAUGCCCCCGAGGGCUCGCCCAUCCUCAUGCCCACCUACAGCCGCAACCUGCACCACGAGCUCGAGCUGGGCGUGGUGAUGGGCAAGCGCGGCCGUGCAGUCCCGGAGGCGGAGGCCAUGGACUACGUGGCCGGCUAUGCUCUCUGCCUGGACAUGACCGCCAGGGACGUGCAGGACGAGUGCAAAAAGAAGGGGCUGCCCUGGACUCUGGCCAAGAGCUUCACAACCUCCUGCCCGGUCAGCGCGUUCGUGCCCAAAGAGAAGGUCCCUGACCCUCACAACCUGAAGCUCUGGCUCAAGGUCAAUGGGGAACUCAGGCAGGAAGGUGAGACAUCUUCCAUGAUCUUUACCAUCCCCUACAUCAUCAGCUACGUUUCUAAGAUAAUGGCCUUGGAAGAAGGAGAUAUUAUUUUGACCGGGACGCCAAAGGGUGUUGGCCCUGUUAAAGUAAACGAUGAGAUCCAAGCUGGUAUACACGGAGUCGUCAGUAUGAGAUUUAAGGUGGAAAGGCCAGAUGAUUGAGUCUACAAAGCCUCCGAACUUACUAAGUUUCAGAAGAGAAGGGAGCUGGACUGAAGCAAGCAAAGGUUAUUAAAAGUGACAGUCCUUUAAUAAGAAACCAACUUUUAAAGAUGAUUUGAUUGGAUUGCUAUGCCUCAACUCAUGAAGAUGGGAACUCCAUGAAAAAACAUAAUCUGGAAGAGCUGGGUCGGAAACGGAAAGGAGAAAAGAAUGCCUGUCUGUCUUCUAGGAAACAAACAGAAUAAAGUAUUUGUGAUGCCUCCAACAAGGCAUGAAAUGUUCAGAAGACUUACUUUCCUUUCCUAAAACUGGACUGGAUAAGACUUUUCAGUGAGUCAUUCUGGGAUCUGUAGUUCAAUAAGUAAAAUCUGCAAAGGAAGUUGAAAAGUAUGUUUCAAAUCAGUGUUUCCCACAUUUCUUUAAUCAUGACAGUCAUCUGGAGGUAUUUAUAAAAAAGGAUUUCCAAAUGACUGGCCCAUACCAGGCCCACUGUAUUAAUUAGCAGAAUUAACCUCCAGCACUCCAAAUGAUUCUUAUGAAAUGUGGAAAAACACUACUCCACAUAACCAGUUAAUUUAAAAUUUUCUUUAAUAAGUUAACAAUGAAUGACGACCUCACUCGUUUGUACCCUGGCUCAUAGAUUCUGAGUUUAAGAGAUAAUUUUGAAACUCUCAUUUCCAAAUAAAUAUGCUGAUUUUUGUGUGGCCUAAAAGUGUAUUUCCUUCUCCUAAUAGUGGCUAGGAGGGAUACCUCCUUAUUAAGGAGCUUCAGACCUUGGUCACACUGACCUUUGGCCUGGUGAGCACUGUGCUUUAUUAACAGAGUUCAUCAGCAUCUCUACUUCCUGACUAGAAAUAAGGCUUCAGGGAAGUCGAGUUGCCUAGGAGUACUACUUGUGCUUUAACCUGCUCCCUCCCUCUCCUGUCCUAUGAAAUCAAUAAAAGUGUAUUUUUA